AUGCAAUUCUUCAAAACACUUGCAACUUUGGUGUCAUGCAUAUCGUUUGCCCUCGCUUACGUGGCACAGGAUGUUCAUGUAUCGUUUCCCUCUACCACAGGAAAGACUAGUAUUAUGAUUGGUAAAAUCGAGCCUAAACCUGAAGUUGUUGGCGCGGCUCCAACAUCAGUCACAGUUGAUAGCCCUAAUGAAGUCGUUCAAGUAAAUUUUGCCAUUGACUCUAAUGACAAACCUUUUCAACACACCUUACUAGUAGGCUUACCCAACAGAAAUCUAGAAAUGGCUUUCGAGCCUGAAAUCAAAGAUCAUGGUAAAUUGUCCAUGUAUAAAUACAUGAUAGAUUUAGCCACGCUAGAUGAUGCUUUGUUGCAGGAGGCUUUCAGAUCACUAGAACCUAUAAAGGCAACUCUGAUUUUAGCAUCUUCUACCGCAAAACCAAAGGAAAAUUUGUUCAGAGAAAUUCUGCAGUUGGACUUGAGCUUUCAUUUAGAUCAUUCCGAUUCAUCUUUAGUUGACAAGUUCAGCAUUAAGCCAGAGAUCCAUCAUGUAUUCCAAACUGAGCCAAAGAGAGUUGCCAAGUCAAUAGCUGUAAUUUUUGUCGCAAUCAUCAUGAUUACUAUUUUAGCAUUGGUAACCACUUGGUUGAAUUCUUGUGCUGCCGCAUUCAAUAACAUCCCAACCGGCACCAAUGCUCUAUAUUUUCUAGGGUUUAUCGCGACCGUUGUUGGAUUUGAAAUCAUCUUCGCCAGAUAUUAUUUGGGUACAAGCAUUUUCGAAUCUUUAUUCUCUUCUUUGUAUUUGGGGGCCCCAGGUUUAUUGAUGUCUACAAAGUUCUUGAGAUCUUUUGGUCUAACAAUCUAG